GUGUUCUACCUUUAUCUUACCGACCGAGAUCUGAUGAUGGUUCUACCGGGUGUCGUGUUAAAUAAUGACGCUACUAGUUAGCUUGUUGUACAAUUGCCACAUGUUAUUUCAUUCAGUUCAUGUUUGAAUGGUGAAUUGUUUUUUAAGCAGACAAAAAAAGGUUAAGGAUAAAAAAUCAAAUAUGAAAUUAAAAACUAAAUCAAGGAAAGAGAAAAUUUUGUGCGAAAACAAAGAUAAUGAUAAUGAAAGAAAUAUAAUCGACGUUUCUGCAUGGAGUGCACUUGGUACACCAAAGGAAAUAAUAAAAGCUUUAUCUGAUGAAAAGUUUUAUACUCCAACAACAAUACAAUCUUUAACAUUGCCACCAGCAAUAUUUGGAAGAAGAGAUAUUCUUGGAGCUGCUGAAACUGGCAGUGGGAAAACUUUAGCAUUUGGUAUUCCUAUUUUAAAUGGUAUAUUAGAAUUGAAGAAGAAACAUUUAAAAAGAAAACAAGAUGAUCGAUUAGAAAAUGAAAGCAAUGAGGAAGAAUUGGAAUAUUCCAAUGAUGAAGAUUCCAAUGGGAGUGAAAGUUCUGAUGAAAGCGAGGAAGAAAGUGAGGAAGAAAUAGAAGAAAAUUUUGAUAAUGUCGAUGGGAUUGGAUGUGUACGUGUGAUACAUAAUGUAAAAAUGGAGGAAGAAAAAACGAAUUCUUUGCAAAAACCACUUUAUGCAUUGAUAUUAACACCAACAAGAGAAUUAGCUAUUCAAGUAAAAGAUCAUCUUGUUAAAGCAGCCAAAUAUACUGAUAUAAAAAUAGCAGUCGUAGUAGGUGGCAUGGCUGCUGUUAAACAAGAAAGACUUUUAAGUAAAGGUCCUGAAAUAGUAAUUGCAACUCCAGGAAGAUUAUGGGAAUUGAUUCAGCUUGGUAAUGAACACCUAAAUCAAUUGAGUUCUAUUAAAUACUUGGCUAUCGAUGAAACUGAUAGAAUGUUAGAGAAAGGACAUUUUCAAGAAUUGCAGGAUAUAAUUGAAAGAAUUAAUGGUAAUGAAAAGAAAGCGCAGAAAAGAAAAACUUAUGUAUUUUCUGCUACCUUAACUUUGGUUCAUGAUAUUCCUGAUUAUUUACAAAGGAAAAAGAAUAGAUCUGGGAAAAGUAAAAUAUUCAAGCUUACCUCUGGUCAGAAAUUACAAAAGAUUAUAGAUAUGUUAAAUAUAAAAAAUCCCAAAAUAGUUGACAUCACAAGAGAAACUGGUACUGCUACGAAUUUGACGGAAUCUAGAAUUGCAUGUACACUAGAUCACAAAGAUUAUUACCUUUAUUAUUUUUUAAAAAGACACACUGGAAGAACUUUAGUAUUUUGUAACAGUAUCGGUUGUGUCAAACGUUUGGCUACACUUUUUAAUAUAUUAGAAUGUAAUCCUUUACCUUUACAUGCCAACAUGCAACAAAGGCAACGUUUAAAAAAUCUUGAAAGAUUCCAGGAUGAUGAGAAUGGAUUAUUAAUAGCAACAGAUGUAGCUGCGAGAGGAUUAGAUAUUCCUAAUAUUGAACAUGUAAUACAUUACCAAGUUCCUAGGACAUCUGAGAGUUAUGUGCAUAGAAGUGGUAGAACUGCGCGAGCUGAAAAAGAAGGAAUAACAGUUCUUAUGAUGGAACCAUCAGAAAAACAGAAUUAUAGCAAAUUGUGCCAAACUCUAGGUCGAACCGAAGAUAUACCUACAUUUCCAGUGAUAGAUAGACUGUUAAUGGCUGUAAAAGAAAGAAUCGAUAUUGCUAGGGAAAUAGAUAGUUUAGAAUUAAAAUGUAAAAGAAAUAACGUGCACAAAGGUUGGCUGCAAAAAGCAGUAGAAGAUAUGGAUAUUAUUUUAGACGAAGAUCAACUUGAAACAACGAUGGAAACCAAGGAAAUGGCAGAUCUGCGACGUUCGUUAAAAGCAAGAAGAAAUAAAUUAACGUCUCUCUUAUCAAAGCCAUUAUUUCCGAAAGGAUUUUCUGGAAGAUAUCCUGACAGUAACAUUAAUUACAAUUUAGAUCAUGGCAAUUCAAAAGCAGUCGACGUAAUGAAAAAAGUUAUGGAAGAUAAUCCGAAGAAACGAAAAAAUGUGGUCGAUUCUUUGAAAAGGAAAAGACCGAUAAAGAAAAGAAAAAUAUAGGAUUACAAAUACAUACGAUUUGUACGAAGAUUAAUAAGAGAGAAAAAAGAAAAAUAAAAAAAAAAAAAAAUAAUAAAAAGAGGAACGUCGAAAA